ACGAAAUAGAGGAACUCAACUUGUUUUCUAGGAGAAACUCAAGUAGAAGGUCCAACUGAAUUUCUGGAGGUCUAAAGAAGGUAAUUAAACUUGAUCUAGCGGAGGGGUGUGAUUUGAACUUGAACCAAUGGAGGCCUGUGAUUCAACUCGAAGAAGAGUGUUCCAUUUCGAUCCAACGGAGGUAGUAGUACCAAUGUCAAUCAAGCGUAGACGUUUAGUUGAUGAAAAUGCGGUUGGACAGGAGGAUGGAUAUAUAUUGAAGAAUAAGGAAGUUGCCAAAGCCAUGGAAAAAACAAAUGAUUUGUAUCCUGCAAUGUUUAAGGAUGAUAGAUUAACUUAUGGUGAAGUUGUGAAAGGCAAAUCAGAGGUCUUGAUGGAACAUUCCAAGGGUAGUAGGAGGGUAACUUUCAUUGUAGCGCCUUUGGUAGAAAUGUUUUUGUUUCUAGAUUAUUGUUACCAUGCUUUGUAGUUAUUGGUAUGUAAUGAGACAGCCUCCGAACACGAGUUGCCGGAUUGAGUCAUUUAGGCGCAGUUGUCGAAAAUUUGAUGACCGGCGAAAAUGUUGGGUGGUUGAGAUGGGUUUUGGUGGUCUAUUACAUGUUUCUUUUGAUAUGCAAUUACCUAGACAGUUGGCUUAUUGGAUAA